AUGUGGCCAAUAUUGAUUGGAGCAAUACUUCUGACGUACGUGGGAUGUGAUCAAAACAAAAAUAUAAUUUACGAUGAUGAGUGUUACCCUAGUGAGACAACAGUGAGUGGAACUUACGCUCCAAGCUGUACAUUCUGUUCGGGAUCAUUAAUAUUUGCUGAAGAAUUUGACGAAUUCAAUUUGCAGACAUGGGAACACAUAUUCGAUCCUAAUAAAGAGGGAUUUUAUACCUUGGUAAACAGUCGCAGAAACUCAUUCACCGAAGAUGGAGUCCUAUUCCUACGGCCUUCGAUUUCGUCAGAUCAAUGCGCAACGUGCAAAACGAACCCAGUCGUUACCGCAGCUAUUCGGACAACCAAGUCCUUCAGCUUCCGCUAUGGCCGUGUCGAGAUGCGCGCCAAGCUACCUGCGGGCGAUUGGCUGACCCCAGCCUUGUGGCUUUUGCCGGCCUCUAGCGUCCAGUACGGACCAUGGCCGUCUUCGGGACAUAUUUCCAUUAUGCACUCAAGAGGGAAUCGGAUAUUGCUGCAUAAUGGCAAAAACAUUGGCAUUCAGUCAGCCAACGCCGGCUUGAGCUAUGGAAUAUCUCAGCAGAGUGCCUUAAUUCAAAACCAAUUUAGCCGUAUUAACGAAUCCGGAUACAACAGGGAUUUUCAUUUCUAUCAGUUAGAAUGGACUCCAGGUAAUAAGUACAAUAAACCGUAAAAACGUUUUUUUCUUUUUUGAAUGAUAUAUACUAGCUCUUGACUGCAAUCACUUCUGACGAUAAGCAAUGAUGCAGCUUCUGGUGA